CCACUCGCGGCCCAUCACACCGUGGCUGGGGCCGCCCCUUGUUCAAGCACCCUGAACCACGCUUGAUUAUUAUCGUUUCCCCUACGGAGUAAAGCCCGGCAGAAAACCAGAUUUCUCACUCUCAAUUGAUGCACCAGUUCCAGCAGCGCACCGCAGCAGCUUUGGCUGUGCGGCCGCCCGCUCGGUCCAUGCUCGUUCCUAGAUCCACUUCGCUCUCACCCGGCGGCAUCGCUGGGGCUGUGGUCGGGUCCGUCGUCGGCGCCCUCCUCAUCGCCUUCUGCGUCUUCCCCUUCAUUGUCCGUGCCAGACGCCGACGGCUCACCCGCCAUGAUGAUCCCGGCCUCGCCGAGAUGGGGCAGCGCCCCGGACGGCCCAGUCUCAAUCCCCAAGAAGUGGACGACAUUUCCUACAAAAGAUCCUCAGGGUCCGGUCCCGAGAGCGCCACCGCUCACCAUGUCCCACAACCGGCGGACCUGAAUCAGAAGUCUCAGUCAGCCCUACCACAGGCUGUCACUGUUGGUCACGGCCUUCCGUCGCCUGUAUCAUCAUCUCCUGCGUCGCCGACCGAUCCGUCUUCUCGCGUCGACGAGCGCGCAGUCUCGCCCUCGACCGUUGCCGCCCCCGCCCUCGCCCGGUCGCCUGUCGAGCUCACGUCCAAGUCGUCCCGCGACGCAUCGAGGGGCACCGUCAGUUGCGAGAGCACCCGCGAGGCCAGCUUUGGUGACUCACACGGCCCGCCUAGCCGUGAGCUCACCGGUAUCACCGCUGUCGGCAUAACAGAGGAGCCCGAGUCCAUCGAUCGCCCCUCUGGUUCCCCCGAGCACGGCCACUUCCCCCACCUCAAGGAAUCCCUCCGCGGCUUGAUCCACCGUCGCCGUUCUUCUCACCAUCGCCGAGACAGCAAGCGGUCCACACAAGCCGGCACCGACGGAGCGCGCUCGCCUUCUGUUUCCACCAACGACUAUCUCUCACAGCAACCUGAACUCUCGCAAACACCAUCCGGCCUCGAAAUCGACGUGGAGACUCCAGGCCUGGCUUGGGACUACUACCACGAUCCGAACUUGGGUAUUGACCUGCCCGACACUUACCAGCAGUCUGCGCCCAUUCCAACCUCGGCUAGCAUUGCCCCGUCUUCGCUUCCUUUAGGCUUUGCCCCCGCCGGAUCCAGCUUCCCAGGUGGCCAGAUUCCUGUGACCGGAGCGGGAGUUGCUCCGUCCAUGGGAACGGGCCCCAUCACAGAGGGAGUAUACACUACCUCGUCAGAUAGCGACGCGACAGUGACACCUGGCGUUCUAAACACCCAGAGCACGUCUCUCCAGGGCAAGGGUCCCGGCGGAUCUCUGCAACGCACCGACAGCUUUCCGCUUCCAACCAUCGUGUCCGAUCUUCCCAGCCCACCAUCCCUCCAGUACACCGGCACCGUCCCGAGCGGGAACCCGAUGGAGAUGAUGAAGCCGACCAAUUCAGCCGAAAGCGCAUGGAUGCUGGAGCACGAGAUGCGCAUGAUCCAGAACUCGCCGCAGCCGCCGGCGGCUCCGGUGCUCGAGCCGGCAUCCCUUGUGUCUGUGCCCACAGAUGGAUUCGCCGGUCAAACGUUCGGCAACGACGCGAAGCCGCAAUUCCAGUCCCAGUUGGAGGUUCAAUAUCAGUCGCCGUAUCAGUCCCCUCCACAGACGGUAGCGGAACACGAAACGCAGAUUGGCGAGGAAACCACUGGAUACCUCAACAACACCAACUCUCUGGCUACUUCCGAGUACAACGCGAGCGCGGUGACUACGGUGGUUACGUCCGAUUACAACGCCAACACGCUCACUACUACCUCUGAUUACUCGACACCACCGCCAUCCACGGGGCCGUCGAUUUUGGACACACCCGACACUAGACUAACGCCGUAUACGACCUCUCCGUCUCCACAGGCCGAAGCCGGGGCAACCGUCAACAGCCAUCUAAUGCCAUCACCAGGUCAUUCAGCCGGUUUGUCGCCAAGCCCUGGUCUUUCGCCAGCUCCGUCUCCGGGUCUCUCUCCCGUGCCAUCGCCAGGUCGCUCCCCGGCCCGGCCACCGGGCGGUUUCGUCUGCGAUGUGUGCGGCGCCGUGAAGAGCUCGUACCAUCAGUUCAAUCAUCACCGACGGUAUCAUGACCGGCCGUUCCCCUGCCAGCAUCCAGGGUGCGGACGGAGGUUUGGUACAGUGACACAUCUGCGGCGACAUGUCAAUGACAAGCAUCACAAAACCCGAAGGUUCUACUGCACCGAACCUGGGUGCGACUAUUCGAGGCAGGGCACAAAGUCUUUCCCUAGGAAGGACAACUGGAAGCGACACAUGUUGAAGAAACACUCGGUCGAUCCGCAGAACGCGACGGAUGAAGAUUAUCUAGGCGACGAUGUUGUAAUGGAUGGGCCAUGAACAGCCACAGUCGGGAGGGGGGCUAGUGCUAGGCGGAUUUCGUCCUGCAGCAGUUCUCCAUCCAUGCAUGUUAUUCGAGUUAGUGCCCAUAGGACAGCGGCACGGGACCCAGAAGCCCAUUCCUUCUAUGCCCAAGGUCACGGUAUCUUGGAAAGACCCGUGACGAGGAGGUACCCGGCUAGGCUGGACUUGCCAGGCCCGGCCAAACCGGCCUUAAAGUGUCCUGCGUGCCAGGCAGCACGGGGCAUGGGCCAUCGCGAGAGUCAUUUUGCCGGUGCCCGGGACACAGCCCAGACGCGCCGAGGCAAAACGCACCAGAGCGAUCGCAGGUUUUU